GCGCGCCAUAGCUGUUUACAAAGGUCUGCGCAGCGAAUCUCUCAUUAAAUAACGAAAUAAAUGCAUUAAACAAAAAGAAACAAACGUUUCAGCAAAGUUAGGUAAAGUAAUUUUAGCGAAUCGGUCGAAAUUACAUUAUAUUCGCAAAUAGUUUGAUGAAUCGUGAUGCGUAUAUAUUUGACAGGCUGCGGUAAGAAGCGAGUCACACAAUGACAACAGUCCUCCAGCGUAACGAACCCCUGAUGUCACUGUGCUAGAUUCAUACUAGGUCCGUCUGAAACGAUUUCUCCAGUGCAGCUCGAGUUUACAUUAAGACACAGCCAGAGAAAUGUCUGCUGCGGCGCGUGUAGCGGCGCCCGUGAUGCUGUCCCGGUUCCGCGGGGCUCUGGUCGGCUCGGUGUUGGGCGACUGUAUAGGCGGCGAGUUUGAAGGCGCUGUGGAUGUGCCUUUAGAUCGAGUCCUUCAGCAUCUCAGUGCUCUGGAGGAUGAAACACGGGGCGAUGGAAUUCUUCAGUACAGUGAUGACACAGCCAUGAUGCGAUGCGUUGCAGAUUCACUCCUCACCAGGAUGGCGUUUGAUGAACGAGACAUGGCUCGAAGAUUUGCAAAGGAGUAUAACCUUGCUCCGGGGCGAGGUUACGGCUCAGGUGUCAUACAGGUUCUGCGGAAGCUUGCGUCGCCCCAUCUGAAGGACGUCUUCCAGCCGGCACAGGCUCAGUUUGGCGGCCGCGGUUCUUUCGGGAAUGGAGGUGCCAUGAGAGCGGCACCCUUUGCCCUGGCCUUCAAAAGUCGUGCUGAUGUCUGCAGGUACUCUCGGCUUGGCGCAAUGUUAACACACUCAUGCUCUUUGGGCUACAAUGGGGCAGCGUUGCAGGCCCUUGCUGUCCAUCUGUCUCUCCAAGGCGCUUUGGCUCUGCCAAAAGAAUUCAUCAACAAACUGAUAUCAGAAAUGGAGGAGAUGGAAAAAGAUGAAACCGCCCAGCUUGAUGCUAAAGCACUCAAUUUGUCAGAUUUCCCAUAUUGCUCACGAUUGCACAGAGUGAAAGAACUUAUGGACAGAAACAGUGUGAGCAUUGAGGAGGUCAUAUCUGAACUGGGGAAUGGCAUCGCUGCCUUACAGUCUGUGCCCACCGCUAUCUUCUGCGUGCUGCAUUGUUUGGAGCCCCGUGAUGGGCUGCCAGAGCGAUUCGGAGGACUGGAGAGGACAAUAGCCUACAGCUUGGCUCUGGGUGGUGACACUGACACCAUUGCUUGCAUGGCAGGGGCAAUCGCGGGGGCACAUUAUGGCAUUGACUCCAUUCCCCAGAGCUGGCAGAAGAGCUGCGAAGGGGUGGAGGAGGCAGAUGAUUUAGCGAGACGUUUGUAUGAUCUUUACUGCCUUCCACAGUUUGAAGAGGAAAGGGGGACAUCAAGCUGCGAGAACAAUCAACCGCACACUGCAAAAACUGACUGACCCACUAAAUGGCCAUAUGCAACAUGCAGCCACACAUAAGUGAAACUUUACCUGGCACACAGUGUCAAAUGCACUUGCUAAUAUACCAUCAUCUAUGUUUAUAAAAAUGUGAAACUUCUUGUGCAAAAUGUUUACAAUAAAAAGAACAAAAUGGUACAAUUUUAUUGGUAA